AUGGCGGAAGAACAACCGUGUCAAGCUCCUGAAGGUCAUCGUCUCUGCGCUAACAACUGCGGCAUCCUUGGUAAUCCAGCAACCAUGAACCUCUGCUCGAAAUGCUAUGGUGAUAUCCGGUUGAAGAAUCAACAAGACGCUUCCACCAAAUCCACCAUAGAAAACGCUCUCUCAUCAUCUUCCGCCGUCGCAUCCGUCGCCUCGCCGACGCUUUUGACAUCAGAGCCAGUCGUUGUUUCGACGCCGAUUUUAACAAAUAUUGUGUCAAAUUCUGUAACGACCGGUUCGAAUUCUGUUAUGGUUCAACCGAACCGGUGUUUGUUUUGUAGAAAGCGCGUGGGGUUGACCGGGUUUAAGUGUAAGUGUGGGUCGAUGUUUUGUGGAACCCACAGGUACCCGGAGAGACACGGGUGUGGGUUUGAUUUUAAGACGGUGGGGAGAGAGGAAAUAGCGCGAGCGAACCCUUUGAUAAGAGCGGAGAAGCUGCAGAGAAUUUGA